AUGUGUUGGGGACUUCAACCUAUUUAUUCUACGAAAAAUUGUUCACCUACCCGUGUUUUAUAUUCUUACUCAGUGUGCCGGUCAAAUAAAAGUCCGUGGGUCUGUCUGACGUGCUCAAGUGUCCAUUGUGGAAGAUAUGUGAAUGGCCAUGCAAAAAAGCAUUAUGAAGACGCACAGAUUCCUAUGACCAAUCAUAAGAAAGCAGAAAAACAAGAGAAGGUUCAGCAUACUGUGUGUAUGGAUUGCAGUAGUUACAGUACAUACUGUUAUCGCUGUGAUGACUUUGUAGUCAAUGAUACCAAGCUGGGCCUGGUACAGAAGGUCAGAGAGCACCUACAGAACUUGGAAAACUCAGCCUUUACAUCAGACAGACAUAGGAAAAGAAAAUUAUUGGAAAACUCCUCUCUGAACAGCAAGUUAUUAAAAGUAAAUGGAAGCACCACUGCCCUUUGUGCCACAGGCCUUCGGAACCUGGGGAACACGUGUUUCAUGAAUGCAAUCCUUCAGUCACUCAGUAACAUUCAGCAGUUUUGCUGUUACUUCAAAGAGUUGCCUGCUGUGGAGCUGAGGAAUGGGAAGACGGCAGGCAGGCGAACUUACCAUACCAGGAGCCAGGGGGAUAACAACGUUUCAUUGGUGGAAGAAUUCAGAAAGACCCUCUGUGCUUUAUGGCAAGGAAGCCAAACUGCAUUUAGUCCAGAGUCUUUAUUUUAUGUUGUUUGGAAAAUCAUGCCAAAUUUUAGGGGAUACCAGCAGCAGGAUGCCCACGAGUUCAUGCGUUACCUUUUGGACCAUCUACACCUCGAACUCCAGGGUGGCUUCAAUGGUGUUUCACGUUCAGUAAUUUUGCAAGAAAAUUCUAGUCUGUCUGCAAGCAACAAGUGUUGCAUAAAUGGAGCGUCUACUGUUGUCACAGCGAUUUUUGGAGGCAUUCUUCAAAAUGAAGUCAACUGCCUAAUAUGUGGGACUGAAUCUAGAAAGUUUGACCCAUUCCUAGACCUUUCGCUAGAUAUUCCGAGUCAGUUCAGAAAUAAACGUACUAAAAAUCAAGAAAACGGACCAAUGUGCACACUACGAGACUGUCUUCGCAGUUUUACAGACCUGGAAGAACUUGAUGAGACAGAGCUGUAUAUGUGUCACAAAUGCAAAAAGAAACAGAAGUCCACCAAAAAAUUCUGGAUUCAGAAACUACCAAAGGUGCUAUGCUUACACUUGAAACGAUUUCACUGGACAGCAUAUCUGAGAAACAAGGUUGAUACGUAUGUUGAGUUUCCCUUACGAGGCCUAGACAUGAAAUGCUACUUGUUAGAGCCCGAGAACAGUGGCCCAGAAAGUUGUCUGUAUGACCUUGCGGCCGUCGUCGUGCAUCAUGGUUCCGGCGUUGGCUCCGGACAUUACACGGCGUAUGCAGCUCAUGAAGGCCGCUGGUUCCAUUUCAACGACAGUACUGUAACUUUGACUGACGAGGAGACUGUGGUAAAGGCCAAGGCCUACAUCCUCUUCUACGUGGAGCGGCAAGCCAAAUCUGGAUCAGAUAAACUUUAAUACCUCCUUUUAAUUCUCGCUUAUCAAGUCCACCGGACAAAACAUUUCCAUUUUUCCAUAAAUACUUGAUCCAAGACUAUUAAUUUCAUUGUGCACUUUUCAAUUUCCUCUUGUGGGUUUUAGUUUUGUUGUGUCAAUGGUAGCAUUUGACUUACUGAACUUGGACACAAACUAACUUUUUUUUUUAGUUAUACCAGAAAACCUCAGCAGAUUUUGAUUUGCUGCUUUAGUUGUGAUAACUCAAUUUUUAUAUAUAUAGUUUCAUGAAAUACUUAGUUAACUAUUUGACUUUUUUUAUAUUAAUGUCUUCAGUUCUCACUUUCUAAAGGCACAUUUACAUCAGAGAAGCUUUCUGUCCUCCUCAGAAGCAAGAUAAAUGUGCUUCUGAUUACGAAGAGCAACACAACUUCAUGCUGUUCUCACAGCUGUUACGUAGAUAUGAUUUAAUCUCUUGAAAUCAAGGAAUUGUUUGCACGUACUAUUUUCCCUCGUGCAAGAAAACUAAACAGUGACCUCCGAACAAUCAUUCUUUGUCUGCAGAAG